AUGUCGGUGUAUCGAUUUGAGACACCGAGCAAAUCUAUUGUUGUGAUUGAAGACAUCGACUGUUCAGCACAAAAACUAGUAAAAGAUGAAACAGAAACCAAAAGCAAAGGGUCAGCUUGUGGAGGAGAGAGACUCACCGUCUUUACAACAAAUUAUGUGGACAAACUCGAUCAAGCGCUUAUUCGGAGGGGAAGAAUGGACAAGCACAUUGAAUUAUCGUACUUUAGCUUUGAAGCAUUCAAGGUUCUAGCAAAGAAUUACCUUAAUCUUGAGACCGACCAUCUUUUUGUGAAAAUUUAUGAGUAUUUAGAGGAAAUUAAUGUGUCCCCUGCAGAUGUUGCGAAAAUUUUGAUGCCAAAGCUUGUUCCUGGGGAGGCAGAGACUUGCAUGGAGAGUCUGAUCGGAGCUCUUGAGAAGCCAAAGAGGAAGCAAGGCUGA